UUCCAGUAGAAAGUCACAAUUAAUCACCAACAAGAAAUAAAUAGCGAUUCAUAUUAUGGUUGCUAAGAAAAUUGAAUUGAGUGAGCAUUUGUUUUCUCUCUCAUUUUGUUUUCUAUUCCUGUUGGUUUGUUGUUGUUUCUCUGACAAUUCAUUUCUUGUACAUUUAAUUUAAUUUCUAUUGGAAUUAUUUUCGGCCAAUCGUUCAAAUGUUAAUCAUUUCGGUGUUGAAUUAUUAUGAUUCGUCUCUGGUUAUUAAAUCACAUUCUAAUCAAUUGGUUCCAUGGAUUUGGAGGAUAAUUUAAUUUCUAAAUGAAAUUAGAUCACUUAAAGAAUUUAGGUGAACACAGAUGACAAAAAGGAUGGAGAAUUGAUCUAAUUAGUAUUAGAUUGUAAUCGACUGUUGAUACAAUUUAAAUAAUCCUCAAGUUGUUUUAAUUUCCCGGAAAUUAAACCUUCUCAUUAAUCAACUCGAAACAUAAAAGACUUGGAGAUUUAAUCGAUAACCUUAAUAGCGAUGGUUAAUUAUUAUUCUCGAAAUGGAAACACAAACAUUGGAGUUUAAAUUGUAAAUUGAAUCAAUUCCAGGUGAUUAAUAUGAUUUUUCCUCUUCUCCAUCAUUCACAUGAUCAUCAUCACCAUCGUCAUCUAUUGAUUUAACUGUUCUGAUGAAUAUGCGAAUCAACUAACCCGGUUUACUCUCAAGACCCGUUACCUGUAUCUCUUUAUUUAUCUCUCUCUCUUCCUCUCUCCAUCUUGGUUUCUCUCCUCUUUGCCCUCCCUUUGGACCCUGAAGGUAUUUUCAAGAAAGAAGAAGAUGAUGAUAAUGGUCCGAUAAAUGCAAAUGAUCUCCCAGAUAAAGGAACUAAUCAUUGGGCUGAGAAUUAGUUGAUGAUCAAGUUAAAUCACUUGAGGAAACCAGAAAUCAAACUAUUUCCUUAAAACCAGUUACAUCCUUGUUUCUUUUUCUCACUUAUUCUGUUGACCAUUUUUCAUCUUGAUACAAUUUUCUUAUUAUCACAUAAUCACCACAACAAUCGUUCUAAUUAACUAGUAAUUUCUAAUCGAUUGUGAAUCAUUUGCAUCUAUUCUCUCAUCCAUUGAAUAAUAACCAUGGCUCAGGUCGAGGGUGUUUACAUCGUCUCUUAUGCUAGAACCCCGAUUGGGUCAUUUAGAGGAUCUUUAAGUUCACUUUCAGCAACCAAAUUACAAUCGAUCGCCAUUAAGGAGGCCGUUAAUCGCGCCGGAAUUUCGGUUGAUGAUGUUGAUGAAGUUAUUCUAGGCCAAGUUUUACAAGCUGGUUGCGGUCAGACUCCCGGUAGACAAGCGGCAAUCGGAGCUGGACUAUCUCAGAAAGUCCCUUGUACGGUUGUAAACAAAGUCUGUGCUUCGGGUAUGAAAGCGAUUGCUUUUGCCUCUCAAAGUUUAGCUCUUGGUAAUGGUGAUGUUAUCGUUGCCGGCGGGAUGGAAAGUAUGUCCAAUGCCCCUUUCGUUGUGCCUCGAGGUGAAAUACCGUAUGGUGGUUUAUCAUUGGUCGAUGUUGUGGUUAACGAUGGUUUAACUGACACCUUUAAUAAUUGUCAUAUGGGUCAAUGUGCAGAGCAACUCGCAGCUAAAUAUGAGAUUACUCGAGGACAACAAGAUGAAUAUGCGAAAACAAGUUACACUCGAUGCCUUAAAUCAAUCACCGAUGGUGUUUUUGCCAAGGAAAUUGUCAGUGUUUCUAUACCUGGUAAACGAGGUAAACCUGCCACCCUUGUGGAAAAAGAUGAGGAACCGGAAAAGAUUGAUUUUGACCGAUUGUUGACCUUGAAUCCAGUGUUUAUCAAAGGCACCGGAACCAUAACUGCAGCCAAUGCCAGCUCUCUUAACGAUGGAGCCGCUGCUCUUGUCCUUAUGUCAUCAAAAGCCGUCGCCAAGUUUGGUGUUAAACCUUUGGCUAAAAUUGUCUCCUUUGCCGAUGCUGCUGUUGCUCCAAUUGACUUCGGUAUUGCUCCAGCUCAUGCGAUGCCAAAGGCAUUGGAAAGAGCAGGAAUCAGUAAAGAUCAAGUCGCUCAAUUUGAAAUUAACGAGGCCUUUAGCGCUGUUGCCUUAGCGAACCUGAAAGAAUUGGGAUUGGAUAACAGUAAAGUAAAUGUCAACGGAGGUGCUGUUGGUCUUGGUCAUCCUCUUGGAAUGUCCGGUGCUCGAAUCGUUGGUACUCUAGCUGUUAAUCUUGCCUCAGGUGAAUAUGGAUUAGCCGGUGUGUGUAAUGGAGGUGGCGGUGCAUCAGCUAUGCUCAUUCAAAAGCUUUAAAUUGUUUGAACAAUUAACUUUUAUGUGAUACUAUUAAGUUAAAUUGUCUGACAAAAACCAACCAACCACAAUCAGAGGAAUCAAACAAUGUUAAAUCAACUAAUUUCGUUAUAUUCAUCUUUUUAUAUUUUACAAUCAAGAAGUUAUUAAGAUAUUAGUUAUAUUUAUAUUAGUUUUUUAA